UGGGCCCCAACGCGUUCGCGCUUAUCGAUAACGAUUGACCCCACCACUAACUGAUUUUGGAACGAAAAAACGAAAGAAAGGAAACUAAUUUUCGUGGUACAAGCUAAAAAACAAUUGAUGCAGACUUUCGAGGAGUUUUGAUGUCUGCGCUAGCGCCGCCAAUUCCCUCAAUGAAGAACGCGCUCCAGCCGGAAAACUUCAAUGGAACUGGGAACGAGGAGGAGGAGGCGUCCUCCGCGUUCCACGCGGAGAUUGAUCGCGUUCUGCGGAACAACAAUGGCAACAGUCACGGUGGCGGCACCAACGAAGGCAAUGGAAGUGGCAGCGGCACUGCCAGCGGAAGUGGCAGUGCAUCGGGAUCAGGGGGCAAUGAGUCCAUGUCGUCGCCAGGCGGGAACAAGUCGUACGAUAGUGCGCAGGUGUUUGCAAACUCACUGGGCCUGCGCAACAUGAACCACGAGCUGGACAAGGGGCACGCGAUGCCGCAGAACCACCGCAAGGUGUUUCAGUGCAAAGGUGAUUCGGUCAACAUGACCUGCAAUGGUGAGGAUCUGCGCCUGUCCAAGAUCAUCCGAAGACUCAACAACGAAUCCAAUCCCGCCGUCGCCCUGGAACUGUGCGCCAAAUUGGAUCAGGCUGUGCGCACGCCCGUCAACAUGGGCUACAUGUCCUGUUCCUUUGUGUGGAUCCUGGUGAACAUGCUUACCCUCUACAAACAGUGCUCGCCUGCUGUCCUCGAGGAGUGCAGCAAGACCCUGGGCUUGAUUGGCUACAUCAAUCGCAAGUCGUACCCUAUUUUCGAGGAGUUCAUUGUGAAAAAUUACAAGAGCAGUAAGCGAAUGCAGAGAUACCUGAUUGUGGCCCUGCGCACCACCCUGAGCUGCGACACCAAGUGCGAACUGCAUCUGUACGCCGACAAGAUUAUGCUGCUGCUAAAAGACUUUCUCGAGAACGCCGAGAGCGCCGAAACAUUCAUCGCUGUGAGCAAUAUGCUGGUGCAGUUCUCGUCCAACUAUCGGGACGCCUUCGAGUGCCAUUUCACCGACGUUGUGGACAUCAUUAUCGGCUGGCAACUGGAGGCCGGACAGCCCAGGCAGCUUAAGGACCACUGUGCCCAGGUUUUGGAGCAGCUAACGCCGUACUUCAGCAAGCAGAUGGAAUUCAGCUACGGUCUGUUGGCCCAGUUCGUUGAGGAUAUCACCAUACUGGACGAGGAGGAUCCAGCGGCCAUGGCGGAGCGCGUAGGCGCCUUUGUGGGUGCCUUCAAUACGCUGCUGAAGUGUCUGGCCCGCAUGCAAAUAUUCGUGGGCAUGCCCACCUGUGAGUGUAUUGUCCAAAUGGCCGUGGAUCACCUUACGAAAAUAAUGCCCCAUCUUGUGCUGCACACGGACACCGAUGCACUGGUCAAUAUUAACGAGCUGCUCUGCAUCUGCCUGCUGAACAACUUCAGCGGCCUGGACCCGAAUACCUUGGAGCAGCUGCUGCGCGGCCAGCUGGAGCAGAUGCUCCCGCUGAGUGAGACCCAGCGGCAUAGCGUGCUCUUUCUGCUGCUCUGCACAGUGAGGAGAUUGCGGGCACGCCUGCCACCCAGCGUGGUUCAACAGAUCUUCCAGUCCAAUCCAUAUCUGGCGGAGUUAAGGCGCCGAACGCCGGGCGGCCGUGAUUACCGGCUGCUACUGCGCACCUGCCAGGAGACCUUGCUCAUCAGGAAUGUGCCCCUGCUGCAGCAGGCGUACAAACACAUCGUGGAUGACAUCGACUCCUGCCUGCAGCAACUGCAGUCGCCAUCACCCGCAACAGAGAAGGAGACUCGUCAGAGGGGAGCGGACGCGCUUCUCGUCUUCCAUCUUGCCGCUUUGGCAGCUUUAGCCAAGCAGACCUCUUCCAUCAUUGGCAUGUACGCCUGCAAGCCGUCGAUUCUGGAGCUGCUGCUCACCAACUGCAAGGCCGACGAGCUGGCGCUUUGGAGCAAGUACCCCGCCGCGCAUGAAGCGAUCCUGGACCUGCUCAUAGUGCACUGCCAGGCGAACCACAACUUCCGCACCAACUCCAGCCUGCUCCGUGAUCAGGAGCUCGCGGCGGAGAACACCUCGCCGACGGCGAACAGCUUCGCCAGCAUCCUGCGCUUCCUCAAUUCGAUUUUGGAACAGGCUGGCCAGCUGGCGCCGCAGAAUCUGCGGUUGCUGCUGCAGUGGACGCAGAUGCUGCUGGCCGAAUGCCGCGAGAAGUCCAAUCUGCUGAUGGGACAGGAGAACUUCCUGGGCAUUUGUCGCAGCAUUGCGGCCAGCGCCGCCAAAUGGAUGCCCUUCGAGAGUGCGGCCUGCAUCCAAACCGUUUUGGAGUACGGCCCGGAACGACUGGGCCAUCUGCCGGAGCUGCUGAUCCUCUACCGCGACACGUCGCUCCAACAGCUGCAAAUGCUGUCCCCGACUGGCCAUGCCGCCUUUGCCCAGAUCUACGCCCAGCUGCCCCUGCACCUGACGCUCACCGGCGGGGAAUCGCCGCUGCCCGGAACGGCCAGCAGGCGCGUCUGCCUCUGGCAGCAGCGGAUGAGCCAGUGCAGCGCGGUGCGCGACACCGUCUUCCGUGACAUCUUCGAGCGGUUGCAGAAGCCGGAGCAGGACGCGCUCACCAACGGGCUGCGGGAGCUGUUCGUGCGCAGCUGCCAGGUGGCGCCGCCGGACGAGCGGCAGGAGAAGCUGUCGCAGUGCACGAAGCGCUGCCAGCGGUUGGCCACCGCCUGGCUGCAGUUCGAGACGGCCAGGUACUGCGUGGACCAGCGACUGCGGACGACGCUGGGGAAGCCGCAGGAAACGUUCCUCGGAUUCGAGGCCAUCAUCAUGCGGCACGCCCGACUGCUGAGUGGCUGCGCCAAGGAGGUGGAGCGCUCGGCCCUGGACAGCCUGACGCUGGAGCAGCUGCUCAACAUGCAGGGCAAUCUGGGCCUGCUGCUGGGCUUCCUCGACGCCCUCGAGAAGCUCAUCUACAACGCCGCCGAGGGCAGUGCCUUUGCCCUGCGUCCGCCGGAGAAGCCGGUGGCCGCCUUCUUCCGCUUGAACAACCCCACCUGCCAGUCCUGGUUCAAUCGCAUCCGCAUCGGCGUCGUCAUCAUCGCCAUGCACGUGCAGCAGCCGGAACUGGUCAUCCGAUAUGCCCAGCAAAUCCUGCUCACCCAGAAGUCCCAGGAUGCCACCUACAGCCAGGCGAUCGUCUACAUGGCCUGGGCCUGGGUCUGCUGCCAGGAGGCGGACUCCCUGCGCGGCCUCUGCCUGUGGGCCCGCUCCAAGAACAACAGCAAGUCCUACCAGUGGCUGAUGCACGCCGCGGAUCAGGCGGCUGGAAGGCGGGAAUCCGCACUGGCCGGGUACCGAAGUGUCCUGGCCGAGGAGGCCCAUCAGCCGGAGCUGGAGCCGCACACGCGCCAGUUCGUGGUCGCGCAGAUGAUGCAGUGCCUGCAGGACACGGGCCAGUGGGCCCAGCUGGUGGAACUGAAGCAGCAGCAGCUGACGCGACCCGAGGACAGGGAACUGAACCCCUUCCUCCAGCGCAGCAAUGUGGAGGUGACUGCCCUCGAACGACUCCUCGCUCGCGGAGAGGAGUUGCACGCCUCCAUGGACGAGCUGGCUGCAGACUCGCUGCAGCAGUUGAGCCUGUGGCCCAGCGAGUGGGAGGGAUCCGGUUCCGGAUCGGGAUCGGGAGCGGUAAGUGCUGGCGGAGAACGUGCCAGCUUCUCAUCCGUUCACGUGCGCCAGCGAACUGAGGACAUUGUGCUCCAGAAGCUGAUGGAGGACCGCUGUCCGCUGUCCGUUCAGGUGACCAAUCUGCUGGACAACCAGUGGCGCGACAGCCUGCUGAACCCCAGCUCCGACCGGAGAUCCUGCCGAGAGCUCACCCUGUUGCGGCACCUGGUCCAGUGUGUCGGCAGCGGUCAGGAGCUGUCGCUGCUUCCCUUGUCCGCCGAGAGAUGCCCGAGCCGCUCCAACCCCAUCUCGAGCGCCAUUCUGAUGCGCUGCCUGGCCUACACGCAGUUGCUCCGCCAGCACUGUGCGCCGGGCAGCUGGGAGACGCUCUGCCUGGACGCAGCAGCCGCGGCAAGAGAGGAGGGAAACCUUCAGCUGGCGGAGACCCUGCUCACCCAGUUCCUGGGCCAGCCGCUGGACGAGGUGGCUGCACAGUUCUCACUGGAACACGGCCCCUCCAUGGACAAUCCGCAGCUGCUUCGCGGCUACAGCGAGCUGGUCAAGUGCCUGCACCUCCAGCAGCAACAGCAGCAGCAGCAGCAACAAACGCAGUGCUCCGAUUUGAGCCUAUCGAUCGAUGUAAGCGCCUCGCUCUGCCUGAAGAUCCAGAGGAGCAGCCCUCGACCGGAGGUGGGCGCGGAUCUGCUGCUGAAUCUCUCCGAUUGGAUCGCGAACAGGAGCUGCAACGGGUUGGCCACCAACCAGACGCCCGCUUUGACGCAACUGCUCGAGCAGCUACCCGAGUGUCCGCUGACCUGCGGCUCCAGCCAGCCACUGGCCAUUCCGCAGGCGGAGCGACUGGUGGCCCGCCUCGUCCACGCCAGCCUGAGGCAGCGGCCCAACUGCGAGGAGGCGCUGAUUGCGUACGGCAACUGGUGCUACCGCUGGGGCAAGAAGAUCGUGGACAGCGGCUGCGUGCUCACCCAGGCGGAUGUGUCGGCGCUCAGCGAGGCGCUGGGCAUCGACCAGCCGCUGGACAACGAGCAGCUUGGCGAGCUCCUGCAGGCGCUCAGCAUGGAACUGCCGCCGGCCAACUGCGUGGAGGUCUGUCCGGAGGCGGCGCGCGCCCGCGACGACGAGGCGGCCAAGGUCUGUCUGCGCCGGCUGAGCCUGCUGGCGGACAAGCCGCCGGAGGUGCUGGAUGCCAUCCUGCAGAUUUGGCGGCGGGCCAUUGCCAACACCUACGACUAUUACAAGGAUGCAGCCCGCUCCUACUUCCAGUACCUCAGCUUGAAAGCUGGAGCAGGUGCGGUUGCAGAGAAGCCAGGAGGAGGAGGAGCAGGAGGGGAUUCGAGCGCACAGCAGCGGACCGCAGAACGCUUCCACGUGGACGACAGCAACAUGGUGACCACGACGCUGCGACUGCUCCGGCUGAUUGUGAAGCACGCCAGCGGGCUGCAGGAGGUGCUGGAGCAGGGACUGCACACCACGCCCAUCGCGCCCUGGAAGGUGAUCAUCCCACAGCUGUUCAGUCGCCUCAACCACCACGAGCCGUACGUGAGGAAGAGCGUCUGCGACCUGCUCUGCCGCCUGGCCGAGAGCCGGCCCCAGCUGGUGAUCUUCCCCGCCGUGGUCGGAGCCAAUCGGGAGCAGCAGGAGGCGGCGGGGAAGCCACAGCCACCGAACGCCACUCCGCCGAGCACGGAGAACGCCUGCUGCUACGGCUACCUGCUGGGCGAGCUGUCCAAGCAGGCGCCGGAGGCAGUGCAGCACGUGCAGCUGAUGGUGAAGGAGCUGCGCCGCGUGUGCCUGCUGUGGGACGAGUACUGGAUCCACUCGCUGGCCCACAUCUACAACACGUACGUGGGUCGGGUGAGCGCGCUGGCCACCGAGUUCCGGCCCGAUGACCACGAGGGCAAGAACAACCGCUUCAACGUCUGGCGGCCGCAGUUGCUCGCCGACCUGGAGGCGCUGGCCGCUCUGACCGCCCGUCCGGCGGAGACCAGCUACGAACGGAGCUUCCACAAGCGCUUCGACACGCCCAUCCGGGCCACCGUGGAGGCGCUGCGCACGCGACGCUACCCGGAGGCGUGGGACAAGCUGAAGCAACUGUAUCACAUCCUGCAGGCGAACCUGAUCCGCGGCACGGGCAGCACGCUCAAGAUGCAGAGCCUCAGCCCGGUGCUCUGCGGGAUCGGCAGGAUGCGCAUCUCCAUGCCCGGAUUAGAUGUGCACGGGCCCAACGAGGAGGACCAGGUGUACAUCGAGAGCGUGGAGGGAUCGGUGGCGGUGCUGCCCACCAAGACGAAGCCCAAGAAGGUGGCCUUCUACGGCAGCAACGGCCAGCGGUACACGUUCCUCUUCAAGGGCAUGGAGGACCUGCACCUGGACGAGCGCAUCAUGCAGUUCCUGUCCAUCUCGAACGCCAUCAUGGCCUGUCGCAGCGAUGCCCCCGGCAACGGCUGCUACCGCGCCCACCACUACUCGGUGAUCCCGCUGGGACCGCAGUCCGGACUGAUCAGCUGGGUUGACGGGGUGACGCCGCUCUUCGCGCUCUACAAGAAGUGGCAGCAACGCCAGCCGCAGGCCACGGGAAAAGCAGGCGGCGGAGCACCUGGUGCGAAUGCCACGCGGAGAUUCACGGACCUCUUCUACAGCAAGCUGACGCCGCUGCUGGCCAAGCACAACCUGCUGGUCAGCGACCCGCGGCGGCAGUGGCCCGUCUCCGCUUUGCGCCAAGUGCUGGCCGAACUGCAGCAGGAAACCCCCGGAGAUCUGCUCGCCAGGGAGCUCUGGUGCCAGGCGGGGAACGCCGCCGAGUGGCGGCUCUCGGUGCGUCGCUAUGCCCGCUGCAUGUCCGUGAUGUCGAUGAUCGGCUAUGUGAUCGGACUGGGCGACCGCCAUCUGGACAACGUGCUCAUCAACCUGGGAAGCGGCGACAUCGUGCACAUCGACUACAACGUCUGCUUCGAGAAGGGUCGCUCGCUGCGGAUCCCCGAGAAGGUGCCCUUCCGCCUCACCCAGAAUCUUGUGCACGCGCUGGGAAUCACCGGAAUCGAGGGCUCCUUCCGACUGGGCUGCGAAUAUGUGCUGAAGGUGAUGCGCAAGGAACGCGAGACCCUGCUCACCCUCCUGGAGGCCUUCGUCUACGAUCCCCUGGUCGACUGGACCGUCAACGACGAUGCCCAGGCCCUGCGGCGAUCCCUCAAUGCCAAGCACCAGCAGGCCGGCGGAGGAGGAGGAGCAGGUGGCCCGGCUGGCGGGGACCUUAAGUGCCACAAGAAGGACAAGAACAAAGGAAAGUUCCCCGACUGGGACUCCAAGCGGCAGCACUUCCUGGGCAAGUUCGGCAUCUUGCAGAAGUACUGGGUCACCAACAAGUCGGAGAUAAUGCUGCAGCUGCAGGAGAUGAACCAGGAGGUGGGCAACCUGCAGGCGGCGCAGAGCAGGCAGCUGGCCGCCGAGCAGGAGCUGGUGGAGCUGAACCAGCGGAGCGCCCUGAUCGCCGAGAUCAAAUCCCUGGGCACGGCGAUCGAGAGCCACAGCUUCAACACGGCCUCCCUGCGCCAUGCGGUGCGUCGUGGCCACUCCGAGUCGCUGGCAGCACUGAGUGCCGAGCGGCUGGCGGACUUCGGCCAGGUGCAGAGCCUCCUCGGCACCUACGGCCAGUGCCUGCAGCCGUACCACCUGGCCGAGCUGCACGGGGAGCUCGUCCAGCUGCAGCUGGAGCUGCAGAUGGAGCCGCACGGCGACAACGCCCGGGAGUCCGCCGCCCUGGCGGAGGCCCUGCAGCUGCCCGAGUUCGACGGCGUGCGCGGCCAGACGGACGAGCUGCUGGCCAGGCUCGACGAGGUGGCCAUCCAGAGUUCGGAGCACCUGCAGCAGUACGCGGCGGUGAUGAACUUCUUCCCGGAGCAGAGCCACCGGCAGAACCUGUUCGUGCGCUUCCACGACAGCUUCGGGGCGUACAUCCAGCACGGCGACUCCGCCGAAGCCACCAGCGGCGCCAACUCCUCCUCCAGCUCGAUCAUCUGCACGGCGGACGUGCUGGGCGUGGCCGAUGCACUGGAGGCCGCUUGGAUGCGGCUCAGCUGCCAGCUGCACGACUCCUCGCAGCGCUUCGCCGCCAAGCAGGCGCAGGCACUCGCCCUGGGACCGCCCACGCCCGCCUUGCUGGCCAUGAUCGGCCAGAGCGGCUGCAGCCUGCUCCUGCUGAAGGCCAGCUUGGUCCGCACCCUGGACCGAGCCGGAGUGGCGUUCGCCGCCUACGAACAGGAGGCGCUGGCCGGCCAGGACGAGGAGCUGCUGCAGCACCAGCUGCACUUCAUCCACCUGGUGCGCUCCAUGUGCCAGGGCGUCCUGGCCAUCGGCGAGCAGGAGGACCUGCACCUCGGACAGAUGGAGAGCCUGCUGGCGGCGCUGUCCCAUCUGAAGCUGACCUUCGAGUACGACCUGCCCGCCAGCAUCUACCGGCUGCUCCUGCUGCAGCCCAAUCUCGGCCAGCUGAGCGCCCUGUGCCAUCUGAGCGCCGCCAGUCUGGCGCAACUCUACCAGGAGGCCACGCUGGAGAAGGAGCAUCAGCCCGAGGAGGAGUGUCCUGCGGAGCGGAGGUUCCUGCUCACCCUGCAGCCCAUCUACGAGCAGUUCCAGCUGGUGGCCAGUGCGCUGGGCUCCCUGGUGCGGAGCGCGAAGCCGAUGCUCGAGGACGUCCACGAUCCGCAGGCCCAGCAGUUGAUGGAAUUGGGUCUGCUCAAGUCAUCUCCCCUCCCGCUGGAUGACGAGUGCUUCUUUGGAUUAAUCAGCGAGGCACUGGAGUCCAGCCGCAGCUGUGAUGUGCGCGAAAUGGCCCGACCCGUCGUGGGUCUCGUGCAGCGCCUCCAGGCGGAGAGUCUGGCCGGUCUGCUGCCCCUGUUGGCGCGCAACUUCUACACCGCCGUGGGUCCCCAGUGCCAGCCCACAGCGAACUGUGGCGUCCUGGGCGACGCGGCGCAGGCGGACCACCUGUGCGAGGGCCUCUUCAUAUCCCUUCAGACGGACGGCGGACUGCAGCAGCAGCAGGCGGAGAUAGCGCUGCUCAACCAGCAGCUGGAGCUGCACACCCUGGCCGCAUCCGCCCAGCACUGGGCCUACGCGGAGGCACUGGGCGCCCAGCUGCGCUGCGGCCACCACGUGGUGAGCCGGCCCAAGCUGGCCGCGCUCAUCGGCGAGGACUGGCUGCAGCUGGACCAGAGUUUGGGUGCCCUGCAGCAGCAGCUGGGCGGGCGGGAGUCGCGGCUCGGCCAGCUGCAGGCGCAGCGGAGCAACUGGAACCGCAACCACAUCGACAGCCUGCUGCGCACGGAGCAGUGCCACAACCAGCGGGUGGCCGCCCACGUGGCGGUGGUGCGCCAGCUGGCGGACGCGGCCGCAGCCGUUUCGCGUCUGGAACUGCAUGCCGGGGCGCUUGGGAAGGAGGGGCAGGCGCAGGUGGAGCACCUGGAGCAGUGGCUGGCUGCCCACGGGCAGUGGCAGGCGAGCAGAUCGCGGAUCAGCGCCGUGGAGCAGUCCGUGGUGGAGCUGCUCGAUCCCGAGGGCGCCGUCGAUCCCAACUGGCUGGAGAACGUGCAGGGACUGCUGGAGGAGCACACGUGCAAGGUGCAGCGCGACAUUGCGGAGCUGGAGGGCGAGCAGCAGAGCAAACACCGCUUCAUCUGCACUUUGCUCAAGGAGACACUGCGCCUGCAGGACAACAUGCCGCGCUUCCACGUGCGCACCCUCUGCUCGGAGGCCCAGGCGCAGGGCCAGGGCAAGCUGGUGCCCACGGACGUGCAGCUGCUCUGCGGACAUCUGCGCGACUGCCAGCGCCUGCUGCAGUCCCUCUUCCUGCGGCUGCAGGAGCUGCGCAAGGACAUCUGCACCGAGCGGCGAGCACUGCCGCCCGCCGUGCUGCAAAGCUGGCGCCAGCAGCUGCAGCUCAUCCUGGCCAUGGCCGGGCAGGAGGUCAGCGAGUUCUUCAAGAGCGUCGACGACUUCCUGCAGCACGCCGUCGAGGCGGACUCCUACGAUACCUUCACGCACACCAAAGGUGGCAGCAAUCUGCAUGAGCAAAAGCGCAACGCGUACGGCGUGUCCGUGUGGAAGAAGAUCCGGAUGAAGCUGGAGGGCCGCGACCCGGACGGCAGCCAGCGCAGCUCGGUCGCCGAGCAGGUGGACUACGCCAUUCGCGAGGCCACCAAUCCGGACAACCUGGCCGUGCUCUACGAGGGAUGGACGCCGUGGGUUUAAACAUCCGCACUGGUCGGCCGCAUUUGGGGCUUUUGACAUCACAACCACGCAUCACAACUCGGAGCGGAGGGAGAGGGACUACAUUCAACAUUGGGGCGACCUCUGGGUCUCCUCCUGAGGACCCGAGGCAGUCGCCGCCUGACGGCGGUCGUCUCCCCAACGGACGUGGCGAGACCGAUUCAUUCGGCCGCCGCCAACACCUCCCAACCAACCAAGUGUAGUUGCUUAAACGAUAGGAAACGAAACGACAGACAGGCGCGGACAGGAGUCGGGGAAAUGAGCCGGCGGACCGGAGCCCGUUCUCCCUCGGAUCGCAGCCCGCGUGCUCCGAGUGGACUGGACGAGUAGCUGGCCGGGUGCCGGAUCCCCAGCCGCCGCCGCAGCAGCAGCAGCCAAUCACCUAGAUCCCGAUAGAGACGUUCCUGGCGACGUUAGCGACGUUAUCGGAUUCGAUAUUUUCCAGGUUGCAGGUUCCAGGUUUCAGAUUCGAUAUUUAAGUUCUCCGGUCUCAGCCUUUGCCAUUCGCCAUUAUGUUAGACUCUUUUUAUAUCCAAUUCGAUUAUACAUAUACUAAUUUGCGCCGUACCGGAUCUGUUUCAAUUACAUACUAUAUGUGUUAAGCCGGACUAGUUUUUUCCUCUACUCUAAAAUUGUACGUGUAAGCCGAUGAAUUGUUUUACCAAAUUAUUCGUAGUCAUAUUCAAACUA